GGAUAACAGUAGAAAAGUAUAGUUUGGAUCAUGUCGUGUUCAUUUUCUCUGUCGGAUUGCUCAGACUGACAUGAACAGCGAGAUUUAGGCAGACAGUCACUACCUCCCCUUCCUGCUCACCGUGUUCUUCUCCUUGGCAACGGUCAGCUGACCUAAAUAGAGUUUAGGGAAGCCCAUUCAGCCACACCAGCCAGCGAUGCGCACAUGCAGUACACAGACCGGGUGUCGGUCUCAUUCACACUCGCUCUGAUGCACACAUGGAGCCCGCCGGCGGCUCCGACCACGGCCUCAUGACUCUCGACAUUAACUCUUCCCCACAGCAGAAAGAACUCACACAGACGCCGCUUCUUAAGAUCUGGGUACCGUGGAUGGGCAGCAACUUGAAUCGAAGGAGAGGAUCGUCCGUGCCGCAGUUCACCAACGCUCCCACCAUGAUAGUGAUGGUGGGCUUACCAGCCAGGGGAAAGACCUACAUCUCAAAGAAGCUUGCCAGAUACCUCAACUGGAUCGGAGUUCCCACCAAGGUGUUUAACGUGGGUCAGUACCGCAGAGAGGCUGUUCAGACCUACAAGAACUUUGAAUUCUUCAGAGUGGACAACGAGGAAGGAAUGGCAAUCCGCAAGGCAUGUGCGGCAGCUGCCCUGAAGGACCUGGCUGCGUACUUCACUCAGGAACAGGGACAAGUGGCCGUGUUUGAUGCCACUAAUACGACCGAAGAGAGGAGAGCGCUUAUAUUGUGCUUUGCAAAGGAGAGGGGCUACAAGGUAUUCUUUGUGGAAUCGAUGUGCAAUGACCCUGACAUCAUUGCAGAGAAUAUACAGCAAGUGAAGUUAGGAAGUCCGGAUUACGCCGAUCGAGACACAGAGGAGGCGAUGCAAGACUUCAUUCAGCGUAUUGGAUGUUAUGAAGCAACCUAUGUCCCCAUAGAUGAUAAGACAGACAGGAGGCUGUCCUACAUCAAGAUCUUCAACGUGGGCAGCAGAUACCUGGUGAACCGGGUCCAGGGUCACAUCCAGAGCCGGAUCGUCUACUACCUCAUGAACAUCCACGUCACACCGCGCUCCAUCUACCUGACCCGCCACGGGGAGAGUGAACUCAACCUGCUGGGACGUAUCGGGGGGGACUCAGGGCUGUCACCGCGGGGCCAGAGGUAUGCACAGGCUUUGGCCGGCUUCAUCGAGGGCCAGAACAUCAGUGACCUGAAGGUGUGGACCAGUCACAUGAAGCGGACCAUUCAGACGGCAGAGGCUCUGGGCGCCCAGUAUGAACAGUGGAAGGCCCUCAAUGAAAUUGAUGCUGGCGUGUGUGAGGAGCUGACCUAUGAGGAGAUACAGGAGAAAUUCCCAGAAGAGUUUGCGCUGAGGGACCAGGACAAGUUUCGCUAUCGUUACCCCAAGGGGGAAUCAUACGAGGACAUGGUUCACCGUCUGGAGCCAGUCAUCAUGGAGCUGGAGAGGCAAGAGAAUGUGCUGGUCGUGUGCCACCAGGCCGUCAUGCGCUGCCUGCUGGCCUACUUCCUGGAUAAAUCCUCAGGGGACUUGCCUUAUCUGAGAUGUCCUCUGCACACGGUGCUCAAGCUCACCCCACAAGCCUACGGGUGUAAAGUCGAGCCCUUUUUUCUGAACAUUGAAGCAGUGAACACACACCGAGAUCGACCCGCGAACGUCGACGUCAGUAGAGAACCAGCGGAUGCCCUGCAGACCGUCCCUGAUCACAUAUGAUGACGACUGGGAAAUAUCGACUAAAAUGACUUACCCAAUACCUAUUAGCUGCAAUGUUUUCUCAACAUUGUUUCACAAUGGGAGUCCAGGUCUUGCCUUAAUGUUAGAAAAUAGCAGUUCCCAAACAAACAACAAAUAUAUGGUAGGCCUUCGAUACAAUAUUUAUAAUCUAAAGACAAGUCACCACUUAGCCUUCGCCAUGUUAAUAAUGAAUUUUGUAUGUUUGUUGUUUUGGCAUAUUGAUACAUUUGUAAUCAUUGAAAUAAGAAAAAAUACUCUAGCAUUGUCACCGAGCCUUUCUUUAGGGAAAAAAAGCUUACAUAGAUUUGAAUGUGUAUUGAUGCCACUUAUUCUAAAACCAUUUUGCCAUCAUAUAACGUCAUUCUCCAAAGCAUGGAAUUAUACGAUGAAAAAGGGGAAAGGCAUCUCUAAAUAGUUUACAUGCAUGUUAUUUUUACAUCAAUGUCACAUUUUUGUGGUCCCCCAUUUAAAGUCAACCAUGGCAGCAGUGUGUGAAACGCUCAGAAUGGACCCACAUACUAAAGCGUGGCUGCUGUUUUCAACCAAAGCAGGACUACAAUAUUCUGACUAAACUUCUGGAAAACACUUUGUUUUGCUUGCGUUUGAAACCUCAUUAGCUGGCUGUGGUAGGCUACAGCUAAUCACCCAUCGGAGCAAGUUAUUCAACAGUUGAAACGGAGCGGCUCUGGGGCGAGAGCCUGCCCCUCGCUGCUAAAACAACUCGGGUUUAAAUGUGGGGUUUGUUUCCCCAGUCUCGCCACGCUGCUUCACAUUCCCGCCGACUUCGUAGUGGCAUCGAGACUUGGAUAUAUUCGUCUGCAGCAUAUGAUAUGUUAAUACGGACAUGAUGUCUUUUCAUAUCAAAUGCGUUUUGUUCAUUUUUACGUGUUGUGUACAAGAGGGAUUAUCAGGGGGAUACAAGGUAGGCCCACAUCUUGGAGCGGAGGAGCAUCUACAGGUGAGGCCAUGUGGAGCUUUAAGAUUGGACUUUAUCACGCUAGCUAUAAGUCUUCGUAGAUAAAGGCAUCCUUACAACAUAGAAUGUCGAAUGAUGUGAUUUAACGCGUGAAUUACCGAAUCCCUCAUAAGUAUAUGCAUGGCGAAAUAUGUCAAUAAAAAUCAUGAUUUAAAAAAUGUA